AUGGCAGCCGCCUGUAGACUCCGGCAUGCGAUAAAAUGUGGAAAAUUGUUUUCCAAGUCCAUAAAUUACAGUCAGAGGCUUGGAAUUCUGGAAAAUCGACUGCUCCGCUCUCCAGGAUCGUCGUUAUCGCUGAGAAAUGCGAGAUUUCUGUCCUCCCAAGCAGCUCCUGAGAGUGCCCCAGACGUGGAAUACCAUAAUAUUGUCAAAAACACUGAAAAACCAACAGGUGAAAGUGCUCAGCAUGAGUUCCAGUCAGAGACUCGAAUGCUUCUGGAGAUCGUUGCAAAGUCGUUGUAUUCUGAUAAAGAGGUAUUUGUUCGCGAGUUGAUAUCCAACGCCAGUGAUGCCCUCGAGAAAUUACGAUACCUCAGACUGAGUGAGAAUUUGUCCCCUGAAGAAGGUGGAGAUAGAGAGUUGGAGAUCCAUAUUGUGACUGAUAAACAGAAUCGCACGCUGACGAUUCAAGACACAGGAGUUGGAAUGAUUCAAGAGGAGUUGGUGUCCAACCUGGGGACUAUUGCGCGAUCUGGCUCGAAGGCAUUCCUGGAGCAAUUGAAGGAAAAACAGGCAGCAGGGGACUCUGCCAGUAUCAUUGGGCAAUUCGGGGUGGGAUUUUACAGUGCAUUCAUGGUUGCUGACAAGGUUGAAGUGUUCACGAAGUCUUAUGAAAAGGAGGCGGAGGGAUUGCACUGGUCUUCUGCUGGAGCGGGUACUUACGAGAUCUCUCGAGCAGACGGGGUUCAGCCGGGGACUAAAAUCGUGAUGCACCUGAAGGCUGACUCUAGAGAAUUCAGUGAUGAGGAAACUAUUAACCGGAUCAUCAAAAAGUACAGUAACUUUGUGGGCAGUCCAAUCUACGUGAAUGGCAAACGUGUGAAUGUAAUCCAACCAAUUUGGAUGCUCGAUCCGAAGGAAGUAACGGCCGAGCAGCACGCCGAGUUUUAUCGCUUCAUUUCAAACUCGUACGACGCACCCAGAUUCAUCCUCCAUUACACUGCUGACGUGCCCCUCAGCAUCCGAGCUCUCUUGUAUUUCCCAGAUGACAAGCCAGGACUGUUUGAACUGAGCAGAGACACGUCAGUGGGGAUAUCUCUCUACAGCAGGAAAGUGUUGAUAAAAAGCAAGGCUGACAAUCUGUUGCCAAAGUGGCUGCGCUUCGUUAAAGGUGUCGUUGAUUCUGAGGACAUUCCCCUGAAUUUGAGUCGUGAAUUGUUGCAGAAUAGUGCUCUCAUCAGUAAAUUAAGGGCUGUUUUAACAGCCCGAAUAUUGAAAUAUCUUAAUGAGAGAUCGUCGAAACAACCUGAGGACUACAAUGAGUUUUACAAAGACUAUGGAUUAUUCUUGAAGGAGGGAAUUGUCACGAGUCAGGAUCAAAACGAAAAGGAGGCAAUUGGCAAACUUCUCAGAUUCGAGUCGUCAGCGAAGCCGGCUGGAGAGCUGGUUAGCUUGCCCAAGUACUGCGAGGGACUCUCCCAGGACCAGAAACACAUUUAUUAUCUGUCAGCCCCAAGUCGGGCAUUAGCAGAGCAAUCCCCUUACUACGAAUCCUUUAAAAAACGAAAUUAUGAGGUCCUCUUCUGCUACGAACCAUACGACGAACUAGUUCUGAUGCAAUUGGCUCGUUUUGGCUCUCGUUCGCUCACCUCUGUGGAAAAAGAAAUGAGAGAUGAUGUGGAGUCGACGAAGGAAAGCACAAUUGAUGCGAUAAACAAGCAGGAAGUCGAUAAAGUUCUCGGUUAUAUGAAGAGUGUCCUCUCGAAGAAGGCCGCCGAAGUCAGAACGACAAAUCGUCUGGAAUCUCAUCCGUGUGUCAUCACAGUCCAGGACAUGGCGAGUGCCAGACACUUUAUCAGAACCCAGAGUCAUCAGCUCAACGAAGAGAUGAGGUACAAUCUGUUGCAGCCACGUCUGGAGAUCAACCCCAAUCACCCAAUCAUCAAGAAACUCACGACUCUGAUUAACUCCGAUCCAAAAUUGGCUGAACUGUUGACACAGCAGCUCUUCACAGCGGCUAUGGUCGGAGCUGGACUCGUCGAAGACCCAAGAAUACUGUUGACAUCGAUGAACGAAUUACUGACGAAGGCACUGGAGAAACACUGAUGACUCAUCUCCAUUUGGGGCGAACAUUGCAUUGGAAAUGUCAAGGAGAUUAUGCUCUGUAUAUAAGUGUAUUAAAUAAAGAUCGAAUCUGAUUGUGAAUGAUGAGAA